UUGUCCGUGGCGUGGCUUGUCGCCAAGUGCGAAACGUAGGCCCCCGUGUAGGCGAUGAUCUCUGAGAAAAGGAGCUCGAAAGCGGGCUCGGAGACGAGCCUGUUCCCCGCCGACACCGCUGAGUCCGCGGGAACCUCCCCCGUAGCAUCUCUCGACAUGACGGUGCUCACUCACACUGCCCUGCUUGAAGCAUUGCAUUUGGCAUGGUCCUUGCCUUGCACGAGCAACAAGCGGCGGCUCUCGAGGCUCCGUGUGUUGCUCUCAGCUGUGUGCUCAGCCUUUGUUGCCAUCGACACCGACACCAUGGCGCCAACACCGAGAUCAAGGGCUUCCCGGUUGGUUGCAGUGGCUCUCGUGGCUUCUCUAACCGUUCAGGUAUGUGUAGCGUUUUUGACAACUUCUUCGGCGUUGGCUCGGGGACGAGAGUGUGCGCGGCUGGGCCGGAGCGGCGGCUUCGCUUCUGCGAGCAGCACACGGGUCGAGAUGGUGGCUGCCGAGGCGGCCGUGGGGCAGAAGCAGCUUGAAACGCUCAAGUUCCUGACCCCUGAGACGGCGCGCGCGACGAAGGCGGCCGUGGGGACCCCGGCUUACGUGUACGACGCGGCGAGCCUGAAGGCCAACGCGGAGGCGUGCCUGGCGUUCCCGAACGCUUACGGCCUAACGGUGCGCUACGCCAUGAAGAGCCUCCCCAACAAGGCGGUGCUGCAGCUGUUCCAAGGCCUCGGGCUGCAUUUCGACUGCAGCAGCGGGUUUGAGGUGGAGAGGGCCAUCGCGGCGGGAGUGCCCCCUCAGAGCCUGUGUCUCAGCUCGCAGGAGCUGCCCCCCGACGCGGCGGAGCUGCUCAAGAUGGGCGUGGACAUCAACGCGUGCUCUCUCUCUCAGCUCCGGAGGAUUGCUGAGGAGGCGCCGGGGUCUUCGGUCGGGGUGCGGUUUAAUCCGGGGCUGGGGUCGGGGGGAACCAAGAGCACCAACGUGGGCGGCCCCUCUUCGUCUUUCGGGAUCUGGUACGAGUGGGCGGACGAGGUGAAGGAGAUCUGCGCCGGCGGUGACCUUACCGUCUCCCGCAUCCACACGCACAUCGGGUCGGGCUCCGAUCCGGCCGUGUGGCAGAAGGUGUCCGGCAUGAGCUUGGACCUCGUGCGACAGUUCCCCACCGUUACCACCCUGAACUUGGGAGGCGGCUACAAGGUGGGCCGGAUGUCGGGAGAGCAGUCGACCGACCUGCAGGCCAUCGGUGCCCCCGUGAUGGAGGACUUCGAGGCCUUCGCCCAAGAGACAGGGCGGAAGCUCAAGCUGGAGAUCGAGCCCGGGACGUUCCUUGUCGCCAAUGCCGGCAGCCUCGUCUGCACGGCGCAGGACUUGGUGAGCACGGGCAGCGGCGGCUACGAGUUCAUCAAGCUGGACGCCGGGAUGACGGAGCUUCUCCGGCCGUCGCUCUACGGCGCCCUCCACCCCAUCGUCGUCGUGCCCGCGGAGGGGGAAGGCGAUGGUGACACCGCCGAGUACGUGGUCGUCGGGCACUGCUGCGAGUCCGGAGAUCUGCUGACGCCAGUGUCGGGGGCGGCUUCGGAGAUCGAGCGCCGAACUCUAGCCAAGGUGGAGAUCGGGGACUUGGUGGUGGUGGAGGGUUGCGGCGCCUACGUGGCCGGCAUGAGCGCCAAGAACUACAACUCCUUCCCGGAGGUGCCAGAGGUGCUCCUUGACUCCGCGGGGGAGCUGCACGUCGUUCGGCGGCGACAGACCUUGGAGCAGAUAUUCGAGAACGAGAUGCCGUUGCCGACAGGCAUAUAAUCUAACCAACAGUCUCUUCAAGCGAGAAGCCGGCCUUUCCUGUCAUCGUCGAAAGGGUUCGGGUCGGGCGCUUUGUUGUAGCGGUUCGACGGCCGUGUGUGUCCCCCGCAGGCUUCUUGCAGGAGAGCAACAGAAAUGACAGCGAGGAGGGACAUCAAUGACAGAGGAAGGCGUGUUGUUUUUCAGAGUGGUGUGUUGACGCGUCGUGAUUUUUGCACCAAGGGUGUCGGGGCGUGCUGUCGACGUCAUCAUGCUGCAUUGACGGUGCAGUCGCGAGUCUAGCCACCAAGGCGUGAUUUGCUGGAGACGCAAACUACACUUGGGUCCACUACGCGUGUUCCCUCCCGACGAACACCGGGUUUUUGGGAGGCGAUCUGUUGGUCGUCGGCACCUCAGCUCGUUAGGAAUGUAGCGGGCUGUGCCCAUACCGAGUUGGCGCCACGGCAGGCGCUUGAAGAAGUAGAUGCGUUCGGCGAACGGCUUCUUCGGACCCGCGUUCGAUCCGACUCAGCUGCCGUCACCACGCUCAACUGGUCGGUCCCUCGAUCUUUUCAACGUGAUGGCCUUCCUUCGAUCCCCCCUUUGUUUCCUCUUGAAUGGCUCGAGGGGGGGGCGUGGCAACUGCCACGAACCACCGCAGUGCUUUUGUC